AUGAGUGCGUGGAAUGGUGCCACGAAUGCUGGCUGCGUAUUCGCGCUGAACAGCCAGGCUGAUCCUCUGCGUCGCGGGUCCUCUCCUACGUUGACAAUAGAAGGGGUCAGGCUGAAGUCCACCACGCUGGCCAAGUGGGGAUUGGUGGGCUCCACUCGCGUUAGAGAGCUUUCAGAUAUGCAGCACAGCAUGCCAGCGCCCGCAGCCUGCGAACGCGUGCGCGGUGGCGAGCGGUUGGGAGCGUGCGGUGCAUGGGCUUGCGCGGCCGACGACGACCUUCCACUCGAUCCGCGCCUGUGGAGCCGGCACGAGGUGGGCGAGUGGGCAGCGAGACGCGGCGCUCGCCCCGAACGCUUCCCCAUGAACGGCAAGGCGCUCUGCCUCAUGAGCGGCGCCAUGUUCGCGGCGCGAGAACCCAGCCUCGGCCCGCGGCUUCACCAGGACUUCCGGCGGCGUCUAGCAAAGGCGCUGGCACUGCAGGAGCUGCUAGAGAGGUUGCUGACGCAGUGACGUCAUUUGACUGUACGCAUGUUACGUCCAGUGUAAUGUGGAGCAGCGGGCGCGUCCGCAUGGAACAUAUCAAGCCUCUAGGGGCAAGUGGCGCGGAGUUCUGUUGCCGCAAAGGCCGCUUCACUAGUCGGGAGGGUAGAUUAGUUGCUGAGAUAUAUUUAUUGAGGCUAUUUUGUAUUUAUUUACUAAGAAUUCCAACAGGUUACAAAAGUAAUCGAAAAUUAUUACUUAACUACAAGCUAAAUGAAUUAUUAUGAUAUGAUUUGGAGCAUUUAUUAGUUACCUCAUCUGCCUUUUGCUUUCUCAUAGGAGAUACGGUUUUAGACCCACCACGAUGCUCCGAUGCGGAUUAGUGGGCUUUAACGAGUAUUACCACUAGUUAGUAAUGAUAAGCGUGAAUUACGGCUUUACGCUCU